AGUGUAACGAACACGACAGUAGGACGAGGACUUCCUAAGGCGGCGGGUCGUAGGACUGUCUCUCAGAUUUUGAAUGUAACGGAUUCGCGAUAAGUACACGAGAAUGGAACCGAAAGAGGUGUACACUAAACAGAAUCCCAAUGAAAACGCGAAUCCUAUAAGUCGAUUGUUCUUCGGAUGGACGGUGAAUUUGUUUCGGAAAGGUGCCAGCAAAAACUUGGUGAUAACGGACCUCUAUCACCCGCUUAAGGCAGACGAAUCCAACAGACUCGGCGACCGACUCACGGAAUCGUGGAAACUGGAACUGACGAAAUUGACCAAAGAGAAGCAAACGUCGAACGAUAAUAUCGAUGAAAAGCCGAAGAAGAAAGACGUUCCCCGUUUGGAGCGAGCAUUGCUGCGCGCAUUUUGGAAGGAGUACUUUUUCGUCGGGCUGGUGUCGUUCUUCCAGCACGCGGUGUUCGCCGCGAUCCAACCGAUCAUCCAGUCGAAGAUCAUCAGUUACUUCAGAAUCGACGAAAAUGCCGCGUCGAUCACCAAAGGCGAAGCUGAAAUUUACGGUGGCUGCCUAGUCGUUUGCAUCAUGAUUGUCAUUUUUCUGUUGCAUCAUGCCGAUCUGAUGUCCCAGCGGGUAGGCAUGAAACUGCGUAUCGCUGUUUCUGCCCUCGUAUAUAGGAAAGUUCUGCGGCUGAGCAAAAGAGCAUUGACUCAGACGACGUCGGGCCAGAUCGUCAAUUUCCUCAGCAACGACGUCAGCCGAUUCGAGGAGCUAUGCUACUAUUUGAACUUCGUUUGGAUCACACCGUUCCAAAUCAUGAUCAUCGGCACGAUAAUGGGGCUCAGGAUAGGAAUUUCGAGCCUGGUCGGUAUAGGAGCCCUCGUCGCGAUGGCAGUUCCGGUUCACACCAUCUGCGUUCGAUUGAGUCGUAUACUACGAGAGAAAAUCGCCACGCUGACGGACACGAGGGUGCAAUUAAUGAACGAGCUUGUAACUGGUAUAGAGGUAAUCAAAAUGUACGCUUGGGAAAAGCCAUUCGCGACUAUUCUGGCCAUUAUACGAGCCAACGGAAUCAACGUAAUACGCCUAGCGGCCUUCGUUCGCGCCGUCUACCUGUCCAUCGUAGUGUUCGCCAACCGUACUGCGCUCUUCUUGACCCUCGUUACAUACGUUUUAACUGGAAACAAGAUUCUGCCCGAGACAACGUUCAUGUUGGCGACGUAUUUCGAGAUGCUCCAGCUCACGGUCACGUAUUUCUUCCCGCAGGCUCUGAUUAUAGCCACGGAGACCAUGGUGUCCAUCAGAAGGAUACAGCACUUUUUGCUGCUGGACGAGCAGUCGAGCGAAGAAUCGCUGGCCGCCCUGGUUUCAGAGACGAACGGUGUCUCCAAGUUCACGCCGGGAAAGAAAAAUAAACAGAUCGUGGAGUCCGUCAAGAUGACGAACGGUUACCAAACAAAGACGUCGAGCGAUAUCGAACACGUCGAAUCCACGCCGGUUUCUGUUCUACUGAAAGGCGUAUUCGCUAACUGGAUACCGGAACAGCUGCCGCCAACUUUGUCCUACGUCACGAUGGACGUGCAGAACGGGCAGCUGUGCACGCUCAUCGGUCCAGUGGGCUCGGGAAAGUCCUCGAUUCUUUAUCUAAUUUUGAAGGAACUUCCAGUGGCGGCCGGACAGUUACGGUUGCGAUCCAACAAUGUCGAGGAUGCCAAGUGGAGCAGAGAAUUGUACGUCGUGGACAAUCCUAAUUUGAGGAUCUCGUACGCUAGUCAGGAACCGUGGCUGUUCACGGGGACCGUCAAGGAGAACAUUCUCUUCGGACAACCGUACGAUAGGGACAGAUACAUCGCUGUGACGAAGGCUUGCGCCCUGACGAGGGACUUCCAGCAGCUGCCUUACGGCGACAUGAGCAACGUGGGCGAAAGUGGUUCGUCGUUGUCAGGAGGACAAAAGGCGCGAGUGAAUCUGGCGAGGGCCGUGUACAGGGACGCCGAUAUUUACUUGCUGGACGAUCCUUUGAGCGCCGUUGAUUCGCGCGUGGCCAAUCACCUCUUCUCCAAGUGCAUCCAAAAGUUCCUCCACGGGAAGACGAGGAUCCUGGCCACUCACCAAUUGCAGUUCAUCAAGGAAGCUGACAAGAUCGUCGUGUUGGAUCGAGGCUGCGUGAGGAUGCAAGGAUCAUACGACGAACUGUCGAGGUCGAACAUAGGUUUCUCGGCGAUAGUGGACCUCAUUCAAACGACCACGGAAACCAAGAUGCAAAACGAGAUCGCGGAGGCGGAAUCGUGUCAGCCGCACGUGGAGAAAAUGACGACUAGAAAGAGCCGUCGUAGCAGAGUAUCGAUAGCGUCGAUUGCCAGCAGUGUGGUAUCCUACAAUUUCGACGGCGACGAGCUGGUGGGAGAUUUGGACGACGAGAUGACAGCGUCCGGACCAUUGUCCAAUAAAGUCUACAAAGAGUAUUUCCUCCAAGGGGGAUCCUAUUUCGCAUUGUUCGGAUUGGUCUUCGUGUUCGCCGUAUCCCAAGCUGCCACCAGCGGUAACGAUUACUGGAUCUCUUACUGGACGAAUCUGGAGGUCGUAAGAAGAUCCACGAGGAACGGUGCCCUGCCCGAAGACAACCGAUACGGCUACAUGUUCAACAACACGUUCCUAUCGAGUAUCUUCAGCUUGGACGAGUACGGCCUCUUGCCUACCAAUUCCGCCAUAUACGUCUACGCGUUUUGCAUAAUUUCCUGUAUCUUAACCAUCGUCUUGAGGAACGUUCUCUUCAUGAAGAUGUGCGCGAACGCCAGUCGAAAUCUCCAUAACAUGAUGUUCUCGAACAUACUGCAGACGACGAUGGGCUUCUUUCACAGCAAUCCCUCGGGUAGAAUCUUGAACAGAUUCUCGAAGGACGUGGGCGCCAUGGACGAGCUGCUGCCAAAGGCAAUUUUAGAGGCGGUCCAGAUAUUCCUCGUGAUCUUUGGCGUUCUGGUCAUGGUCGUGGUAGUCAAUAACUGGAUGAGCAUUCCACUGGCGAUCCUAGCUGUCCUGUUCUUCUUCAUGAGGACGAUAUAUCUGAGAACCACGCAGAGCGUCAAACGCAUCGAAGGCGUGGCAAAGAGCCCAGUAUUUUCUCACGUAAACGCUACGCUGAGCGGCUUGGCGACCAUCAGAAUCAGCGGGUCGACAGUUAGAAAGUUGAUGCAGAGACAGUUCGACCAUCUGCAGAACGUGCACACCGGCGCAUGGUACAUAACAUUAGUAACGCACGUGGUGUUUGGUUUGUACCUGGAUAUAAUUGUCUGCGCGUUCGUCGCCUGCAUCUGUUUCUCCUUCAUUCUGCUGGACUCGGGAGACACUCUUGGAGGCAACGUGGGACUCGCUAUAUCGCAGUCGUUGAUCAUAAUCGGUUGCCUGCAGCAUGGUGUGAAACAGAGCGGCGAAAUGGUAUCUCAAAUAACGUCGGUCGAAAGGAUUUUACAAUAUACACGGCUGCCCAGCGAGGGAGCGUGGGAGAGCGACGCUCCUCCGCCACCAGAUUGGCCUAAACAUGGUCGCGUGGUGUUGAAAAACGUCAGUCUGAGCUACGAAAAAGACAAGUCUCCUGUUUUAAAGAAUCUGAACGUGACGAUAGAGCCUGGAUGGAAGGUGGGCAUAGUAGGCAGAACAGGAGCUGGCAAAUCGUCCCUGAUAUCGGUGCUGUUCCGUUUGUUCGCCGAGGAAUUGGACGGAGAGAUCGUGAUCGACGGAAGAGAAACCAGCACGUUAGGCCUGCACGAGCUCCGUUCCAAGAUAUCGAUCAUCCCUCAACAACCCUUUCUCUUCUCCCAAUCCCUGCGAUACAAUUUAGACCCCCUGAACACCUACGACGACGCCUCGCUGUGGGACAGCCUUCAUCAAGUGGAACUGAACGAUCUUUCUCUGGACCAAAUGGUCAUGUACAGCGGAAGCAACCUGAGCAUCGGACAGAAGCAACUGAUAUGCUUGGCUAGGGCAGUCCUGAAAAACAAUCGCAUCCUCGUUCUGGACGAAGCCACGGCUAACAUCGACUCGCAUACGGACGCUUUAAUUCAGAGGACGAUACGAACAAGGUUCGCGGACUGCACCGUCAUCACUGUUGCUCAUCGUUUGAACACUAUCAUUGAUAGCGAUAAGAUCAUAGUAAUGGACGCUGGCCAAAUUGCGGAGUUUGGUUGUCCGUACGAGCUGCUACGCGACAAACCCGACGGGAUUUUCUCGGAAAUGGUGAACAACACGGGCGUAUUGAUGGCUCACACCCUUCACGAGCAGGCAAGAAUCGCGUGCGAGACGAAUAGAGAGCACCAAUGCCCCAGGUUGAGAAAACGGAACACCUCUGAAACUGACACGACGGAUGAUAUCACGCAGAGCUCCCUCUAAAGUUGAUCUAGAAUAAUAUACUUAAUUAUCUUGUGACACAACCCUGCUUUAACACGGUGCAGAAAAAAAGAUUCGAUUAACUUUCUUCCUAAGCUACUUUUAUACUCGUGUAGUGUCCAGCUGCUUAUUUUUGUUGGAAGUGGUAAAAAAGAAAAAAAGAAAAGAAA